AUGACCACGACCACGACCACGACCGCACCCACGACCGCAAUAACGACAAUAACGACCACGACGACAGUAACGAGCACGGCGGGGCCGGCGACGGGCAACAGGCUCCUGGCACAGCGACACCCGCCGCCGCCGCUCAACCUCAGCUACUCGGCCCUCGCAGCGACGCUGCUCCCCGACCCGCUACCGCGCCCCUUUCCUCCGAGACGACCACGGUCGCACAACGUGCACCCGAGCCUCUCGGUGCCCGCUGAGCCGGCUGCGCCCGAGCCAGCGCCGAAAGCGGCCCAUAUCCCCGGGGGCGUGGUGACGCUCUGCACCCACAUAUGGACGGCGCACGAGGAGUCCGAGACGAUAGUCGCGCGCGUCCGCCUCCCAGCAGCCGACUUUGUCAACCCCAAGUCCCGACCUCCGGGGCUCGUACGCACCCUGCACAUGGAGCUGGCGGAGACGCUGUCCGCCGUCGGGUUCGAGCUGCAGCGCUGGGAGGGGGAGGUGCAGACUGCCAACCGGAAAGAACGGGCACGUAAGUGGAACGAGGAGCGCGGCAUCCCCCACCCGGCGGAGCACACCGCGACGUUCCCGCUCUCGCCGCUGUCGCCGUCGACAAUCCCGCCGCUGCGGACACCGCGCCCCGCGCCGCGACCUGUCGCCCUCUCGACCCCGCGAUCACGCGACAAGCUGCUGGCGAAGCUGCACACGUUGCGGCAGAUGGCCAGCUGGCUCGACGACCUGUGUAUCCGUCUGAGAAUGUACGACACGACCAUGUGCGCCCCGACAUACAGCUACAAGACGUACGGCCCGCGCGGGGAGGCGCAGGUGCACGCGCCCGACGACUCAGACAGCGACGACGAGCGCGAGAAGGAGCGCGCGGCGGACACGGAGCGCAAGGCGUGCUACCGCGCCGCGUUUCUGUACUUGCUCCGCGAGCGCGUGUAUACCUUCCGCCAGACGUUCCCCGAGAGCGUGUUCUACCAGACCCGGCUGAACGACAGCGUCGAGGGCCUGGUCAAGUGUGUCGAGGCGCUGUGUGCGCCGUUUGAGACGCAGCUCGAUGGCGUGCGGCUCGAAUACACAUGA